AUGUCUGGAAAUCCUGUGGUGGAAGAAGAAGCGCAGAUUAAGGAUAUGACUAAUGUCGUUACCCCUGUGGCUAGUACUACCGCUACAGAAAUAAUUGAUAAUGGAAAAGAUAAAUUAGAAAAGACCUACUCUACAGGUUCUCAGAAACAUUCAAUUCGUCGCAGUACUUCCAAACGUAGAAAAAAUGGCACUGGUGCCAAGAAUGCUGAUGAAAUUUUGGUUGCGUCAUCUGUUCAUAACGCAAAUAAAUUACCAGUCGCAAAUUCUCAAGGUACGAUUGGGUCAAUUCCCUUAGAAAAAGUACAUCCUAAGGAGAUGAAACGUGUACCAUCAAGAAAUCCAAACUUAAGAGAUACUUCAAUCAGUGGACCGGGUCUCCUAGACACCAUUUCUGUAGAAGAGAAAAAAGCUAUGACACAUUCUGUACUUGAAGAUAAUGCUGAAACUUUAUACCCUUGGAGAAUAAUCGGAGAGUUUCAUUCCUCUGGUAAAGGUGUUCCAAAUACAGUUGAUUCGAAUGAAAUUAAAGCUUAUAUGAUUGAAUCAUUUUACAAUGAUUGGUAUUACAAUAUGGCUACAGUGAUUGGUACCUGUUUUUUUGCUUGGUUGUUAGCUUACUGUGGAUUUUCCUGGUGGUCUCUCGGUCUUGUAUUCUUAGGUACAUCUUCUGUGUAUAAUACAGAAUAUCGUCGUUUCAAUAGAAAUGUGAGAGAUGACUUGAAAAGAGUCACUGUGGAAGAAACUCUAUCAGAUAAGACUGAAACUACUUUAUGGUUGAAUUCGUUUUUGUCUAAGUUUUGGGUCAUAUAUAUGCCUGUCCUAUCUCAACAGGUUAAAGAUAUUGUUAACCCUCAAUUGGUUGAUGCUGCACCAGGUUAUGGUAUCGAUGCUAUUUCCUUAGAUGAAUUUACUCUUGGUUCUAAAGCUCCUGCAAUUAGAGGAAUUAAGACCUAUACUAAGAGUGGAAAGAAUAUUGUGGAAAUGGAUUGGUCAUUUGCUUUUACCCCUAACGAUGUAUCUGAUAUGACUCCAAUUGAAGCCAAAGAAAAAAUUAAUCCUAAGAUUGCUUUGGGGGUGUCCAUCGGUAAAGGUGUGAUUUCGAAAUCCAUGCCUAUAUUGGUCGAAAAUAUUAACUGUGCAGGUAGAAUGAAUAUUAAGUUAGAAUUCGGUAAAAUUUUCCCUAAUAUCAAGAUUGUCUCUGUUCAAUUUUUAGAACCACCAAUGAUCGAUUUUGCUUUAAAACCUAUUGGUGGUGAUACUCUGGGUCUAGAUGUGAUGUCUUUCCUGCCUGGUUUAAAGAGCUUCGUCAAAUCUUUGAUCGAUUCCAAUGUUGCCCCAAUGUUAUACGCUCCAAAUCAUUUGGAUAUCAACGUUGAAGAAAUUAUGGCUGCACAAGCAAAUGAUGCUAUUGGUGUGGUGGCUGUGAAUAUCUCCUCUGCUACUGAUUUGAAGAGUUCUGAUUUCAUUACAAACACUGUUGAUCCAUAUGUUGUAUUAAAGACUGAAAAGACUUUACCUGGUGAAGAAACUGAAAUUCGUACUGCCAUCAAAUCUGAUGUUAAAAACCCAACAUGGCACGAAACUAAGUACAUUUUGGUUAAUAGUUUAAAUCAAAAACUAUCAUUGACAUGUUUUGAUUUUAAUGAUGUUAGAAAGGAUACAUUAAUUGGUUCCGUUGACAUAGACUUGAAUGAAUUGUUUCAGACUCCUUCUAUCGAAGAUAAAACUUCUGAAUUAUUAAUCGGAUCGAAAUCUAGAGGUAUGCUGAAUUAUUCUAUAAGCUGGUACCCUGUGAUUAAGAGUGAAAAGAAGACAGAGAAACAAGAAGUCGAUGAAGAAACAGUUGGUUUAUCUGAUGCGGAAGACCAAGACAAUGAUGCCAUUGAUUCUGGUAUUGCCAAAAUCACACUACAAAAGAUAACAGACAUUAGCUCUGCUACUAGUUUUACUAGUAACUUGAGUCCUUCUGCCAAACUUUACAUUAAUGAUAAAUUAGUCAAGAGCUUCAGAACUUUGAAACGUAUCAAUGAACCUUCCUGGAAUGAAACAUUUGAAGUAUUAAUUGGUUCUAAAACUAAUUCUACUAUGACCCUGAAAGUGUUUGAUAACCGUGGUAGUAACGAAGUUUUAUUAUGUCAAUACUCCUCCAAUAUUGAGGAUGGUCUAAAUACUUUAAAGAGUAGUGAUGACUUCUUAACUGCUAGUCCUUUCGGUAAAAUAUACAUUGAUGCCGAAUGGAAACCCGUUGAGAUUUCUGAUAUGGUAGUAAGUAAGAGUAUGGUUAAAGAUCCAAUUGGUUGUAUGAGAUUAAAUGUCGGCCAAGCCUUAAUCAAGGGGUCAUUGAAAGGCAUGGGUGAUAUUGAUCCUUACUUCGUGGUCACCUUAAACAGACAUCCAAAAUUUAAAUCAAAACACUUUUCAGAUUGCAUGGAUCCAAAGUUUAACCAGUUAGUAUAUGUUCCAAUCGCAUCAUCUCAGCAAUCUCUAAGUAUAAGUUUAUACGAUUAUCAAUCCGUUGGUUCUGACAGAUUUAUUGGUGAAGUCAACUUCGCAACUUCUGAUAUCAUUGAGUUGGAUAAAUCAACUAAUACUUACACUACUAAACAAAACAUGAAUGGUAAGAUGAUCGUAGCCAAUUUAAAUGACAAGAAUAAGGGCAGAACUCCUAAUACCGUAGAACUAGAAUUUUCAUUUGUUCCAACUCAAUCUGUUUAUUCUCCAACCGAGCUUGAAGAUGUAGAAAAGUUAGAAGCUGAUCUAAAGGAGAGGAGGGAUAAAUUUGAAGACACACAAGUACAUAACAAGGCAGAGAUGGACAAGAAUCCAGAUGAGUGGGAAGUUGCUACAAUUGCAAAUCCAUUUGAAGAUGACGAAAAGAAGAUUAAUAGAAAGCAGAAAUUGUCGUUUGAUGAAUUAAUCUCUAUGAAUUCUGGUAUUCUGGUUGUUCAAAUAGUUAAAGGUGCAUUAUCUAGACCAUCAAGUUACUUGAAUAUUCAUGUUGAUGAUGUGAUCUACCCAUCGUUUAUCUCUACUAAAUUUAGAGGAAACAGGAUGGCCAGUGAUGUUGGCUAUAUAUUUGUUCGUGAUUUGAAAUACAGUAAAUUAUUGUUUAGAGUUUCUAAGAAGCAAGUAGCCAAGGACCAAGAUGAUGUUAUCUCAGAAACUUAUAUGGACACAAUGAAGGUUUUAAAGAGUGGUUAUAACGAACCAACAAAGAUAAGUUUCAACGGCUCUACCUUUUCCAUUCAAUGUGCGUUUUAUCCAACAGUUAAUGCUUUACCUAUUUCAGAGACAAUUGCUGAUACUGGGUUAUUAAACUUAAAUAUUGUAUCUGGUACUGGCUUAUUAUCUGCCGAUAGAAAUGGGAAAUCUGAUCCUUUUGUAACCAUAUAUGUCAACCGUCAAAAGGUUUUUAAAUCAAAGACUAUCAAAAAGACUUUAGAUCCUGUAUGGAAUGAAAAGACAUCUGUCCGUAUUCAGUCGUUAAGCAGGGAUGAAUUAUUGUUUAACGUUUUAGAUUGGGAUCGUACUGGUGAUAACGAUGACCUGGGUGUAACAAUAUUAGACAUGAAAUCCAUAAAACCAAACCAGAACUAUUCUUGGGACUGUCCAUUAAAUACACAAGGGUCAAUAAAGUUACAAGGGACAUUUACUCCACAAUAUACCAAACCAACCAUGGAUGUCAUUGAAAAGAACCUAUCGAGUGUCCCAUUUAAAGCUAUCGGUACUGUUGGUGGUGCUGGUAUGAAUGCUGCUUCAACUAUGGCUGGUGCUGCUGUAGGUAUUGCAGGUGUUGGUGCUGGUGGUAUCAAGAAAGGUGGUAGUUUACUAAAAUCAUUUGGUGGUGCAACAAUCGGAGGCACCAAAGCUACUUCUGACAGAUUGACUGGAUCGUCAUCAAAAGCAAGGACCUCACUGGAAUAUGAUGACACCCCUAAUGUUGGCUAUACGACCAUACAAUCAAAUACUCCAUCUACACCAUCUGGGCUAGACACAGCUACUCGCUCUAUUAAGGAAACUCCUACAACUUCAACUUCAGCUAUCAGUAACGGUGGUACACCUACUGCCGCUACUGCAGUAAGGAAAUCUAGAGCAAGUAGUUUUGCCCGUACACUAGCUCCAAGUGGUACUUAUGAGGGUACUAUAAACAUUAUCUCCGCGGAAAAUAUUGCCAAACACGUCCAAAUCAAAAUUUCAUUAACGCAAAGUGGUAGAAUGAAGAGUUUAUACAAGACUAGAAAUCAAAAGGUCAAUGAAAAAGGAUUAGCUCAAUUUGGCGAAUCAUGUAAAUUUAAGGCAUCGCCAGAGGCAAAUAUUGUGUUGACUGCCAUAUCUCGCCAUUUGUUAGGUAAAGAUAAGGAUGCAGGUGUAGCACAAGUCUUAUUAAGUGAUCCAAAGGUUCAAGCAGGUGAAAAUCUGGCCGUUAAGAUAGGCUCUGGCCAAUUAGUUAUUCAAAUAAACUAUGGUCAAACAGCUACUAAUACACCUCCACCUGUACCGGAAGUUCCUCAAGAAUACGCCUGA